UGGCUUCACAGCCGGGUGCCCACUGCACAUGUGCGAGAAGUGCUGCGCUUUGUGAAUGGCCCCAUAGUCUUCUGGGACCUGUCCGCAGUCUCUGGUCAUCUCCUGUACUAUGUCCACAGUCUCUGGUCAUUUCCUGUACUAAGUCUGCAGUCUCUGGUCAUCUCUUGUAGUACAUCUGCAUUCUCUGGUCAUUUCCUGUACUAUGUCUGCAGUUUCUGGUCAUCUCCUGUAGUAUGUCCGCAGUCUCUGGUCAUUUCCUGUAGUAUGUCGCGCAGUCUCUGGUCAUCUCCUGUAGUAAGUCUGCAGUCUGCAGUCUCUGGUCAUCUACUGUACCAUGUCCGCAGUCUCUGGUCACCUGUAGUAUGUCCGCAGUCUCUUGGUCAUUCCCUGUACUGUCCGCAG